CUUUUCGCUACGUCAGCAUUCCCAGGGCUCCCUCCUAUACGAAGCAUGAACGCUGCCAAGAAGUCGGUCAUCGAGCUGCGCCACCCGUCGGGUUCGCGUGCAGAGGUGUAUCUGUACGGUGCGACAGUCACUUCUUUCUACGCGGCGCAGGAGCCCGAGCGUAAUGUGCUUUUCUUGUCGUCGAAGGCGCUGCUAGACGGCAGUAAGCCCAUCCGAGGUGGCAUCCCGCUCGUGUUCCCAGUCUUCGGCGCUGCCGAGGGAUUCCCCAACCACGGCUUCACACGUGUGAACAACUGGAAGUUGAGCCAGCUGGAUCAGACCGUGGGUGACGACAAUAGCCCCACAGUCGCCACCUUUGCGCUCGAUAUUUCCCCGGAGAUGAAGGCCAUGUAUCCGCACGACUUUGGUCUCGUGUACGAGGUUAAGCUCUUCGCUAAUGCGCUGGCUACGGCCAUCCACAUCCAGAACAAAUCGGAGGGCGAGAUCGCCUUCCAGGCGCUACUGCACACGUAUCUGUCGGCCGACAAUGUGCGUGACGGGGGUGUCGUGGUCGAGGGGCUCAAGGGCCUCAUGUAUCACGACAAGGUCGCGGGUCAGGAGAAGACCGAGGAGCGCGACGUGUUGACCUUGGACCAAGAGACGGACAGCGUCUACGCUAACGCACCCUCACCCGUCGUGGUGCGCAUGAAGCGCUCAGACGGCAAGGAGCAGAUUGUUACCAUUGAGAAGGAGGCUUUCAUCAAGAGCGGAGCCACACACACGGCUCAGCAAAGUGACGUGGUCGUGUGGAACCCGUGGAUCGACAAGGCCAAGGGCAUGAGCGAUUUCGGAGAUGACGAGUAUCCGAAUAUGCUCUGCGUCGAGCCUGGCCGCGUCAGCGAGCAGCAGAAGCUCCCGGCCGGACAGACGUUCACGCUGCAGCAGGCCAUCAAGCUGUCGGCGCUGUAGGUCGAUGAGAUGCGACGACAAAGUAGUAGCUGAAUUAUGGAGGCUAUUGAAGGCUAAAUGGAGUUGAAUGUCGUGAAAUACGCUGGAUAUCUUGUCUAUUU